AUGGCCCAACAAGGCAGCUCCGGCAAUGAUGUUGAGCAAGCAGAAGCGCGGCGUGGCUCUGAGGCACAGCAGUCAAGACGUCUCUCUCGUGUCUCUUAUAAGGAGGAUUGGGCAAAUUUAGACGAGUAUGGGAAGCUUGUCAAAUAUGUUUCAACUUACCGGGAGCCUGGUAAGGGCGAUGAAGAAGAGGAAGAGGAGAUGAAAAGGCUUUGGUAUGCUCCUUGGAAGAAGAGAAAAGUGCGUAUUCGACGAAGAGAUCAAGAACGAGGAUUCCCCGAUGAAUGGCGUCUUACGGACAUUCGCAAAGGACUGAAUAGUGGGGAUAUUCCCAUCAGGCGUCGCCAGGUGGGAUGGAACGAGCUUGUGUCCGAAAAGGAGAAUCCUUUUGCCAAGGUUUUGUCCUAUUUUAGAGGUCCAAUUCUAUAUGUCAUGGAGCUGGCUGUUCUCCUUGCGGCGGGUCUGGAAGAUUGGAUUGACUUCGGUGUCAUCAUUGGUAUUCUAUGCCUGAAUGCUUCCGUCGGAUGGUAUCAGGAGAAGCAGGCUGCCGAUGUUGUUGCUAGUCUUAAAGGCGAUAUCGCAAUGAGAGCAUUGGUUGUUCGCGACAGUGAGCAACAGGAGAUCUUAGCCCGAGAGCUUGUGCCUGGGGAUGUGAUCAUUGUCGGAGAAGGCCAGGUCAUUCCUGCCGAUUCCAAGGUUAUAUGUGAUUUUAACGAUCUGAAUGGAUGGGAUGAAUUCAUAAGGAUGCAAGAUCAAGGCGACCUCACAAGUAGCUCAGAGUCUGACAUGGAAGAUGGAGAAAAAAAGGAAGACGACGGCAAAGACAAAGAAGAUGACGGGACCAAAGAAGAACGGCCCAAAAAGCGAGGUUAUCCAAUUCUAGCUUGCGAUCACUCUGCUAUUACGGGAGAGUCUUUGGCUGUUGAUCGCUAUAUGGGCGAGGUCAUAUAUUACACCACUGGCUGCAAGCGUGGAAAGGCCUAUGCAGUGGUCCAAACUCCAGCCAAGACGUCUUUUGUUGGAAAAACUGCUACCAUGGUCCAAUCGGCCAAAGGUGCUGGUCAUUUUGAAAUUGUCAUGGAUAACAUCGGUACCUCUCUUCUCAUCCUUGUCAUGGCAUGGAUUUUGGCUGCCUGGAUUGGUGGCUUUUUCCGACACGUCCCAAUUGCCUCGCCUGGCCAGCAGACGCUUCUCCACUACACACUGUCUUUGCUGAUUAUCGGCGUUCCUGUCGGUCUUCCUGUUGUUACGACCACAACUAUGGCUGUCGGGGCAGCGUACUUGGCCAAGAAAAAAGCUAUCGUGCAAAAGCUUACUGCAAUCGAGUCCCUGGCGGGUGUUGAUAUUCUAUGCUCUGAUAAAACUGGAACGCUUACGGCCAAUAAACUGAGCAUUCGUGACCCAUAUGUAUCUGAAGGCGUCGAUAUCAGCUGGAUGUUUGCAGUGGCUGUUUUGGCUUCCUCUCAUAAUAUCGAGUCAUUGGAUCCGAUUGACAAAGUCACAAUUCUAACACUCAGGCAAUAUCCCAAGGCCAGAGACUAUCUCCGACAAGGCUGGAAAACCGAAAAGUUCCAGCCAUUUGACCCGGUUUCAAAACGUAUCGUGACUGUUGCAAGCUGUGAUGGGGUCAAAUACACAUGCACCAAAGGCGCACCAAAAGCAAUUCUUGCAUUGACCAAAUGCUCCAAGAAGACUGCUGACUUGUAUAAAUCCAAAGCUCAAGAAUUUGCGCAUAGAGGCUUCCGUUCUCUAGGUGUUGCAGUUCAGAAAGAGGGAGAAGAUUGGACGCUCCUUGGGAUGCUUCCAAUGUUUGACCCGCCCAGAGAAGAUACCGCCCAGACGAUCCGUGAGGCACAGAAUCUUGGUAUCAGUGUCAAAAUGCUUACAGGUGACGCACUUGCUAUUGCCAAAGAAACUUGCAAGAUGCUCGCACUUGGGACUAAAGUGUAUAACUCUGACAAGCUUAUUCAUGGAGGCCUUAGCGGUGCUAUGGCUGGUGACUUAUGUGAGAAGGCAGACGGCUUUGCAGAGGUAUUUCCAGAACACAAAUACCAGGUUGUUCAAAUUCUCCAGGAACGUGGUCAUCUGACUGCCAUGACUGGAGAUGGUGUCAAUGAUGCACCAUCUUUGAAGAGGGCAGAUUGCGGUAUUGCUGUGGAAGGAGCAUCUGAAGCAGCUCAGUCGGCCUCUGAUAUUGUGUUUUUGGAACCCGGAUUAUCGACUAUUAUUGAUUCUAUCAAAGUUGCACGCCAAAUCUUCCACCGCAUGAAGGCAUAUAUCCAGUACCGUAUUGCUCUUUGCCUACACCUGGAAAUUUACCUGGUGACAUCGAUGAUCAUUCUAAAUGAAAGUAUCCGUGUGGAACUGGUCGUUUUCCUUGCACUUUUUGCCGAUCUUGCUACUGUUGCAGUAGCAUAUGAUCACGCAUCAUUUGAAUUGCGCCCUGUGGAAUGGCAGCUUCCAAAGAUUUGGUUCAUUUCGGUUCUUCUUGGCAUUUUGCUUGCACUUGGAACAUGGGUCGUUCGUGGUUCCAUGUUCCUUCCCUCAGGUGGUAUCGUUCAAAAUUGGGGCUCGAUUCAAGAAGUCUUAUUCCUCGAAGUCGCACUUACAGAGAAUUGGCUGAUCUUUGUCACAAGAGGCGCUGACACUUGGCCUUCCGUCCAUCUAGUGAGUGCUAUUCUAGGCGUUGACAUUUUGGCCACUAUUUUCUGUUUAUUUGGCUGGUUCAGUAAUGAGGACAUGCCCACUAUCCCUCAUACUUCAUUUCUUGAGACACGCAAUGGGUGGACUGAUAUUGUCACGGUUGUCCGUAUCUGGGGCUAUUCUCUCGGUGUGGAGAUUGUCAUUGCACUGGUAUACUUCAUGCUGAACAAGUUUAAGUGGCUUGAUGAUCUGGGCAGAUCUAAGCGUGACAAGGGUGACCUCAAGAUUGAGAAUAUCCUCGGUCAUCUUGCACGACUCACCGUGGAGUACGACAAACCAGGUGAACCCAAGGGCCGUUUCUUCCUUGCUGCCAGUAAGGAGGAGGAAGAUGUUGAGUAA